CGCACCAGUCACCCGUGUUACAGGAUGUUGAACUUCUGACUAUAGACCCGGGAGAGUGUGAGAACAUCUACAGGGAAGCAGAUCGUGAACCCCACCUGAAAGUCGUGUACCCUGAGUUACUACAAGGUCGAGACAUUAUGUGUGCCGCUUACCCUGGGAGAGGUGCUUGUGAGGGUGACUCUGGCGGUCCGCUGUACCUGGAUGACGCAGAUGGUCGACGCUUCCUGGUGGGGAUGGUGGGUUCAGGUGUGGCAUGUCUGGGGUCGGGAGCUUCUAUCCUUCCUGGAUUCUUCGUCAGUGUCGCAGAUCACAUCCAAUUUAUUGACAGUGUUAUCUAUGGUGGCUUUCUGUAGACUACCAACCUAAAUUAAUCUAUCCUUUCUACACUAACUUAUCCACACCAAAAUAAACCUAACCUAACCAAAAACACUUAACUUUACCUAACCGUACCUUUCCCUGAUCUAAUCUAUCUUAACCAGUCCUAACAUGCUUGGUGUAAGUGUCAAGUUACAGGCAUUAUAAAGAUGUCAAAGGUCACUGUAUCUGGUCUCUUAAGGAUGAACAAUAAUUAUAAAACUCUAAUAUCGAUCGUUUUCUUUUUACUUUUUUCUUUAUUAUAAUUAUUAUUACGAUAAGUAAAGGUUAACAAAGAAGUGUGACACCUCCCGUUCUCCUCUUCAAUAUAAGAUGACACAUUAAUAUUUUAUUCAUUAUGGUGACACGGUGUCAAGAUGUUAUGUGUCAUGUUCAGUGUCAUUAUCUCAGUAGACGUAUAUGUCACCUUUAACAAGUUUAUAAGUUAAUAGUUUUAGACUUUUAUAUUUCAUCUUAAUAUAAUUUGUAAGAUGUUAAUGAAUUAAUUUACGUAAAAUAAUGUGAAUGUUUAUUAGUGAAAAAAUAAUAACAAUAUUUGUGUUUCUUUUUGUAUUAACUUUAUUCUCUGUGUCAUUAAUAUUCACAAGACUGUGUCAAGUGUCUGAGUGAUUGAUCCUCAAUAAACAUAAAAAGACGA